AUGGCGAUUCAACCAGAUUCAGACGAUCUUGAUGAAGCUGAACUAACGCCGCAUCGUGUUGCUUCUCACUCCAAUCCUUACGAGAAGCGUGGAGCUCUCAUUUUGCUUGGAAUUAUGUCUGAAGGUUGUGAAGAUAUAAUGAGAGGACGAAUAGAAGAACUUCUUCCUCCCGUUUUGAGCGCAUUUUCAGAUCAAAGUCCAAUUGCCAAAACCGCUGCAGCUGUCUGUUUGGGACAAAUGGCAGAGUAUCUCCAACCUGAAAUCACUCAAACGCAUCCAAUGACGAUGAAGGUGUUACUUUCCGCGAUGCUUGAUCCCUCAACGAGGUUCCGACGAAAACCUGUUGAAAUCUUCUCCGAGCAUCUUGAAGAGUUCGAAAUUGAAUCGUAUCUCUCAACGCUGAUGCCUGCAUUGCUUCACGUAUUGACGACAACGAAGGCAAAUGCAGCUCGUGAAAAUUGUAUUGGAGCGAUUGGGUCUGCUGCACAAGCUGCUAAAGGAAAAUUCGCUCCUUAUGUUGAACAAGUGUUCUUGAUCCUGAUAGAAGCAAUGAAGCAGAAAGAGGAGACAUUGAUCCCGUUACGUGCACGCGCUACGGGAACAGCUGGCUGUAUCAUUCAAGAGCUACCGGAAGGAGUGACCGCCCCUUAUCGACAGAAGUGUUUGGAAUUAACUUUGGAAGGAUUGAAUUCUCUGGAUCAUGAUGAUUUACGCGAAGCAAGUUACAGAUUUCUCGGAUGUUUGUGUCACACACUGAAAGAUGAUUUCGCUCCGUUAAUCGCGAGCGUGAUGCCAUUCGUUGUCGCAACACUCAAGAGUACAAGUGGAAUUGUAACACAAUUUGAAGACAAUGAAGAUGUUCUUGAUGGAGUUGAUUGCGAAGAAGAUGAGGAAGACGAACGUCGAAUAAAAGGGAUCCACAUUCGUACUGGUUACAUCGAUGAGCAGGAAGCUGCUAUCGAUUUGUUAUGUUGUCUCUAUCGAAAUGUCUCUGGAGCUCAUAUGUCCCAAUAUUUGAAAAGUUCUUUAGAGCGUGUUGAACGCUUACAUCGUUAUUUCCAUAGUGGGAUUCGGCAGCUUGUCCCAAAUUUGAUGCAGGCCAUGCUCAUCAAUGUACAUCAUACGUUCUUACCUUCCUGGGCCCCCCGCGUAGAAGCAGAUUCACCCACGAAUAUGUCGAAUCCAACAGCACCCGAGAGUUGUCUUGUUUUAACGACAGCAGAAAAUAGAGGUUGGAUUGCAGGACUACCAGCUCAGUCGCUCCUUCAUGAUCACACCAUUCAACUAUGGAUUGAGAAGUUGUGGCCUAUUUUUGAGGAAAUGUUGACAGACGACGACGACAAGGAAGUCGUUGGGGACGUAUGUAGCGUCGUCGGAGAGCUUCUCGAGCUUCUAGGUCCACAUUUGCUACAAGGAUCAGGACUCACGGGAAGAGAUGUCCACACCUCAUUGAUAGACGUAGCAUUGAAGAUCUUCUCUGGUGAACAUGAAUGUCAAAAACUAGGAGAUGACGGAGAAGUUGAUGAAGACGAAGACAGUCGAGCUGUAGAAGAAUAUCUUUUUGAGGGAGUGUCCUCAUUGAUUAGCGGAUUAGCGCAAACAAUGGGACAACAAUUUCAAUUAUCAUUCUCUCAGUUGCAUCCAAAAAUUUUGCGACUUGCGGCGCACAAGAAGUCAAGUGGCUGUCGAUGUAUCGGCAUCGGGUGUUAUGGAGAUAUCUUCAAGACGAUGGGGGUAUCGGCGACCCCGUUUGUGGAGCCGGUCAUCCAGCCGGCAUUAGAGGGGAUUAGACAAAGUGGGGAUUCGUCAUUGCUACGUAAUUCUGCAUUUUGCCUGGGAACUAUUUGCGAAAUCGCAUCCGCAUUACCUGCUGUUCGAACUCGAAUGCUCGAAAUUUUGAAGGCGUUACAUCCACUGAUUGUUGCAAGCAAUGAGAAUGUUCGUGAAUCCAAGUUGUGCAUUCGUGACAACGCAAUUGCUGCUUUGGGUAGAAUUCUUCGCGGUUCAACGAGCAGUGAUAUUCCACAUGACGAGGUCAUUCCGUUGUUCCUCCAAUCGUUGCCACUCAAAGCUGAUUUCCAAGAGUCGGAAGGAGUUCUGAAGACUAUCUUGUAUCUUUGCUUUGGAGGAUGUGAAAAAUCAAUUUUGGAGAGGCACCAAGCAGAACUAUUGAAGGCGAUUGUUGGAGAACUGGUGAAUGGAUCGCUCACAAAAAACACAAAAGAUGGAGCGAAGAACGUCUUGCGAAGCGGCAUUCAAAGUCUUGGGGUCGAACACCCAACAAUUCAAGCGAUUGCUAACGCUGACCCGAAGUACAAACAAUUCUUAGAAAAAUUUAUGCAACAGUAG